AGAAAAAUAUGGUUUAGUUUUGGUAAUUUCCAAAACAUUAUUUGAAUUAAAUUUUUAUUUGUAUGCUUCAACAAAAUAAAUAAAAUGGCAGAUGAAGAAGUAGAAAAGAAAGUUUCAAUUUUUGGUAAAAGCAUAGGAGAAAUUCCUUGCUUCCGAGACAGUUAUUUUUAUGGAAUCUGUACCGGCUUUGUUUCGGGUUUGGGGCACUUCAUGUUCACCAGCAAACCUGGGCUUUCAACUCAUGUUGGAAUGGGAGCUUUCUGCAUUUCAACGUUAACAUAUUGGUCUUAUUGCCGAUGGAAACACAAUGAACAAAUUAAACAAGCAGCCCUUAUAAAAGCAUUUUUACAAGAAGGUUUUGUUAAGGAAAGUGGUAUUUCAUCCAAUGAUGAAGAUAUGAUUGCGAGUGUAUAGUCUGUCGCUUUUUAAUUAUUUGUGCUGUUUUAUUAGUCAGCUUUGAGGUCGCAUCUUUGUAACUUAAUGAAACAGUGUUUAUAUAUUUGUAUUGUAUGUAAAUAAAAAUCAUUAUAUUUUUUUUUU